GACAUGCAAACAGAGUACACUGCACCUCGUGAUGGGAGGACAUGUGUAUUACUUCUUGUUUUAGUGACCAGAUAAACCAAAAUAGAACUAACUGUAGAUGUGACAGAGUGAAACUAAAAUGUUGUGUAAUGAACUGGGCAGAGUCCCUCCCUUUUUUACUUUACUAUUAUGCUUUUCAUAAGCACCCCCAUACACGCAUAUCACCCACUUGACUGGACUGGCUCAACUUGUUUCUUCGUGAAUGGAAUGUAGACAGAUUCACUCUUAUGGGAAAUGAAUAAUUGGGGCAGGAUGAAUAAAACUGUUUAGUAUGAGCUGUGACGGUGUUUUAGUGAGCUCGGCGGAAAGUGAGGAGUACAUCAGCUCAAAACUGAAACUGUUGCUGCAUUUGAACGUUGCUUCUGCCAGAGGAUGGACAAAGAACAACAACAAAAGGACUGGUUGAUCACAUGACCAGCUCAGAGAACACACAUGGCUCGUGUCCCGGAGCUGCUCUUGGUCACUUUGGAGGAGCUGCUUGAUAAAGAGCUGAGGACUUUCCAGUGGUUUCUGUCCAGUAAUGUUCUCGAAGGAUUCCCUCAUAUUCCAAAGUCGCGAGUCGAUGGGGUGGACAGGCUGCGCACUGUGGAUCUUUUGGUGCAGACUUAUGGCUACAACGGUGCCGUUACUGUCACAGUGGAUAUACUGAUGAGAAUGAAACUUAAACUGUGGGCUGAAACACUGAAGGAGAAUUACGAUGAAGUUCCAAGCAAUCAAACAGGCCAAGAAAUCAACCACCAAGCAAUACGAGAAAAACUGAGAUCCACCGUGAUGACAAAGUACCAAAACAUUUACGAGGGGAAUGCAGAUGAAGGGGACACCAUCUACCUGAACAAAAUCUACACCGAACUGCGCUUGAUUGAAGGAGACUGGGGAGGCUUGACCAAUGAGCAUGAGGUCAGACAGCGGAGGUCCAAUGAUGUGACGACAGAAGAAACCUCCAUUAAAGGUAGCAACAUUUUCAAACCAAUGCACAACCAAGAGAAGCGAAUCAGAACUGUGCUUACCCAGGGUAUACCUGGAGUGGGUAAAACUGUCUGCACACAGAAGUUUACCCUAAACUGGGCUGAAGGCAAGGAAAAUCAGGACAUAACCUUCCUCUUCCCGCUUCCUUUCCGUGAACUGAAUCCAAACAUCAGCGAGAAAGACUACAGUCUGAUGCAGCUGCUCCAUCAGUUCUUCCCUGAGAUGAAACCUCUUGAGACGCUGGGAACAGAAUGCAAAGUCCUCUUCAUCUUCGACGGCCUGGACGAGACUCUCCUCCCCUUGGACUUCAAGCACAACAAGAUCUUGAGAGAUGAGACUGAGCCGGCCUCUCUAGAUGUGCUGAUCACCAACCUCAUCACCGGAGAUCUGCUUGGCAACGCUCUCAUGUGGAUCACGUCUAGACCUGCGGCAGCAAGCCGUAUCCCCAGAAAGCACAUCCACCAAUGGACGGAGGUGAAGGGCUUCGCAAAUGAACAGAGGGAGGAAUACUUUAGGAAGCGUUUGCACAAUGAUAACCUUGCCACCAGGAUUAUCAACCAUGUGAAGUCAUCAAGAAGCCUGGACAUCAUGUGUCAGAUACCAGUUUUCUGCUGGAUCACAGUCACCGUGAUGAAGAAAGUUUUGCACGACAAUGUGACAGGAGGCAUGCCCAACACCCUGACCGAGAUGUAUGCGUAUCUCCUUCUCUGCCAGACAGACCGGAUGAUAGAGGGGCACUACCCAAUGUCAAGCGACAAUGUUGUCUUGAAGCUAGCGGAGCUGGCAUUCCGCCAACUGGAGAAAGGCAAACUGAUCUUCUACGAGACUGACUUGAAAGAGUGUGGCAUGGAUGUCAAAGAGGCGACCAUCUACUCAGGAGUUUGCACAGAGCUGUUUGUGAUGGAGGGCCGAAGGAGGAGAGAAGUUUUUAGCUUUGUACAUUUAACCAUCCAGGAGUUUCUCGCAGCUGUGUAUGUCCGUCAUUCUUACAUGCAAAGAAAGGAAAAUGUUCUUCUUGGAUACCUGAAAAGGAUGUCUACCAGAUGGCUCCCCAAGUCGGUGUUCAGUUUUCACAAGACUGCCAUCGAAAAAGCCUUGGAGAGUACAGACGGCCGCUGGGACCUCUUCCUUCGCUUUCUGCUGGGGCUGUCGCUGAAGCCGAACCAAGAGCUCCUGGGUAGAAUAUUGUCUUUGGGAGCUGAAGGAAAAGAGGAUGUGGAGAGAACCGUCCAGUUUAUCAAAGAGAAGAUUAGAGAGGAUCCAGAGUCCAAGCUCAACCUCUUCCACUGCCUGAGCGAGCUCAAAGAGGAGUCUUUGGUGCAGGAGAUCCAGAGCUUUGUGAGUUCUGGGAGGCUUGAUGCCAAAAAGCUGUCUCCGGUCCAGUGGUCCGCUCUCACUUUCGAACUGAUGACAUCAGAGGCCACAGAGGAAGAGUUUGACUUGAAGAAGUACAUAAGAUCAGAAGAAGGGGUAGUAAAGCUGCUGACUGUCAUUACUUCCUCCACACGUGCUCUGCUAAAUCACUGUAACCUCACUGAGAACUGCUGUAACGAUUUGGCCUCCGCGCUGAGCUCGACCUGCUCUCACCUCACAGAACUGGACAUGAGUGACAACAACCUGAAGGAUCCAGGGGUGAAACUGCUUUCUGUUGGAUUAGGGAGUCCACACUGUAAACUGAGGAGUUUAAGAUUACAUAAAUGUAAACUGGAAGGAGACUGCUGUGAGGUACUGGCAGUUGCUCUCAGCACAGAGACUACCCAACUCAGAGAACUGGACCUGAGUGCUAAUGACUUCCAGGAAGCAGGAGUCAAGGCUCUGUGCGCAGGACUCUGCAGCCACCACUGCAAACUACAAACAUUGAGGUUCAACCGGUGCAAGCUGAAAGAGAACUGCUGUGCCAAUUUGGCUACAGUUUUGAGUUCAGGUGCAUCGCACCUGAAAUCUCUUGACCUGAGCAACAACGGCCUGAAGGAUUCUGGUGUAUCUCUGCUUACUGCUGGACUGAGGAGUCCACACUGUAGUCUGGAAACACUACGGCUCAGCUGGUGUGGCCUUACACAGAAAUGCUGCAGUCACAUUGGCUCUGCUCUGAGCUCUGACUCUACCUCCAUCAGAGAGCUGGACCUGAGUGGAAACAACCUGCAGGGUCCAGGCAUUCAGCUGCUGUGUGCUGGACUGAGAAGUCCACACUGUAAACUGGAAACACUAAGGUUAAAUGAGUGCAAUCUCCAGAAAUGCUGUGCGGAUUCGGCCUCAGUCCUCAGCUGCAACACCUCUCACCUGAAGGAGCUUGAUCUGAGUGGGAACGACCUGCAGGACUCUGAAGUGAAGCGGCUCUCUUCUGGAUUGGCGAGUCCGGCCUGUAAACUGGAGACGUUAAGGCUUUCGUUCUGCGGAGUCACAAAGAAAGGCUGUAUGUAUUUGGCUUCAGCGCUGAGCUCCAACCCUUCUCACCUGAAGCAGCUUGACCUCAGCUACAACUACAUGCAGGACUCGGGAGUGAAGCUGAUCUCUGUUCAUUUGGACGACCCGCUGUGUAAACUCGAAAAAUUCUGUGUGGACAAUAAUGCAGAGUGCUACCUGAAAUCAACAUUGAAAAACUAUGCAUGUACACUCACGUUGGACACAAACACAGCUGCCAGAUCUCUCUUUCUGUACGAUGGAGGAAAGCAGGGGACGUGGGUCAGGGAGAGACAGCAGUACCCAGAUCACCCAGAGAGGUUCGAGAGCGUCUCACAGGUGUUGUGUCACCAAGGCCUCACCAAACGCCACUACUGGGAGGUGGAGUGGCGAGGACGCUGGGUGGAUGUUGCCGUGGCGACGAAGGGGAUCCGUCGGAGGGCGAGCUCUAACCUCUGCGGUUUUGGCUACACAGAUCAAUCCUGGAGUCUGUUCUGCUCUGAGGAUCACUACAGCGCUCACCACGACCACCAGCCUGUGGAAAUACCAGCACCUCCGUCUCGCUCCCACAAGGUGGGAGUCUAUCUGGACUGGCCGGGUGGCACCCUGUCCUUCUACAGCGUCUCCUUUGCGACGCUCAGCCACCUUCAUACGUUCUACAGCAACUUCAUUGAGCCUCUCUACCCAGGGUUUGGGAUGGAGGAAGAUGACUGCUCUGUAACUAUUUCUACAGUGGAGGGCUUGCAAGAACUCAUUUCUCGGUCAGCUAGUGCAGAAAGAAUUGACGAAUUCUGAGUGCAGGUCCAUUUGGGCAAUUGAAGGAAAUUGUGUUUUUCUGAAAAAGAAAGAUAUGUGAUAAACAAGGAAAAAAAAAAAAAAAAAAAUCUGUAUUCUCACUUAGGUUGUCCAAGUUAUAUUUAAAAUCAAACAUGAAGGACAAAAUAUAUAUUAUGUGAAAACAUGGACAUCGGAAAAAUAAUGUGGAUUGGUAGCAUCUUUCAUUAAAAAGGUUUCUGUUAAACAGCCAAUUGUAAACUUCCAUCUAUAAUCUUCCAACCUGCACAUAGAUGCACUAAACACAAAAGUAUAGCUGAGUCUCAUAUGAGAGACAAAAGUCUGCACCAAAUGUCACGGCAAUCCAUCCAAUAGUUAAGAUAUUUUACUCAAAGAUCCAGGGAUCAUCAAAGCCAUUAGGAUACAUCUGGGGACCAUGAAUAUCAAAACUUGGUGCCAAUCCAUUAAGCAGGUGAAGAGGUAUAUCCACGGGAAGGGUACGACAUAAGCAAUGGCCUGAUGGCCCGGGGCCACUAUGUUGGGCAAGUUGAUCGGCCAGUUACUGGCCUGUUCGGGGCAGUGAAAUUGUUUGUGACAAUCAAAGUCUGUUAUUUGUAAUGUGAUGCUAACAUUAAAGGUGCUCUAAGUGA